CUUGUUCCAUAUUCGCGAAUAAAUCCAAAAGGUUUGACAAAGUUUGGAUUACAAUGAAACAGAACAAAGAUGAUAAAGGAAGCGGAAAAGAGGGCCGGGGCCAGCAAAUAAAGAUUUAAAAAUUAGGGGAAAAAUUCGGAGAUCCUAGGCUAAGGGCAAAUCUGGGCCGUACAAUAUCCGUGGAUGAAUGAGGGUUCGCCACUCAGGUACGGGAGUUGAUUGAAAACACUGAUUGAUUGAUAAACUGGCAACAGCAAGAGCAACAACAGAGAAUGUCAAGAUGGGCAAGCACGCUCCUGAUAAAGAAUUCCAGAGCCAGGCUCAAACUUCGGUUGUCCUUCCUCCAGCCGGAAAUGACGGCAGGACGCGAACCCCCCAGAUCGCUUCUCCACCGAAGGAAGCAAGACCAGACCAGCCCUCCACAACCCCGGUGAGUAUAGGUCAGACCAGAAGUGCAUCAUUGGACCAUUAUUGGGUCCUGAAUGGCGAAAGGAGGAGAAGCAAGCCAACUGUCCGCGAGGGUCAUGUCGACCCCGGAAGUGUGUUUGACUCGGAAUGGUGUGCGAGUCUGGAGCUGCAAGGCAGGCCAGCGAAGGCGCUGAGGCAGCAAAACGGGCGAAUGGCCGAACGGUUUUUCCUGGGGAGCCAAUCACGGGACGUGAUUUGGGUGUGCAAAGAAUGCAAAGCCGGCUGUUCGCCCGCCUUCAUUUGCCGGUCUCCAACAUUGUUUGUUCACGCCGCCUUUUCUCCACUGUUUCCGUCUUCGCUUCUCUCGCCGCCCUCGCGCGGCAAACGCCUGCCCGUCCCAUUGCCGAAUGCCCUUCCAUAA